AUGUCAGACACCAAGGGAACCGUUUUGGUCAUCGGCGGUACAGGCGCUCAGGGAGUGCCUGUCGUUAAAUCCCUGUCAUCGGAUUCUAAGUAUGCUGUGCGCGUUAUCACGAGAAACCCUUCCUCAAAGGAUGCCGUUGAACUGGCAUCCAUUCCUGGAGUAACCAUAUUUGAAGGAAAUGCUUAUGAUGAACCCACACUUCGUGAGGCGUUCAAAGGUGUCCAGUAUGUCUUUGCCAAUACUAAUGGCUUUGCUAUUGGAGAAAUGGCAGAGAUCUAUUGGGGCAUUCGGAUAUAUGAGCUUGCUCGAGAAUUUGGAGUCAAGCAUCUCAUUUAUGCAGCUCUCGAAUAUUCUUCAAAACUUGGGAAUUUCGACUCUAAAUAUCGCUGCGGUCAUGUUGACGGCAAGGGCAAAGUCGCAGACUAUAUAUCUGCACAGCCAACAACUCCCAUGGCUUGGACGGUCCUGACUUCUUGUAUGUACAUGGAAGGACUCUCAGAAUUCUUGCAGCCAUUCCCUGAUCGCGAGGAUCCAACCACGCUUGUGUUCGCAGCUCCUCUGGGAGAAGGCCAAUGCCCCCUCAUCCAUCUUGAGGACUAUGGCCAUUAUGCUAGAUGGAUUCUCGACACACCAUCCAAGAGCAACGGUAUACAAUUGCAUGUUGCAACAGAAGACAUCUCUUGGAAAGACCUUGCAGCUACCUUUACGACGGUCACUGGUCGAAAAGCUGUCUUCAAAGACCUCACAUUGGACGAAUAUUUCAAACUCCCCAUUUUUCCGAACCCGGAAAUGAUAGUGGGCCAUUCCACUAAUAAAGAAAAUUCCACUCUGUUAACUUUCCGUGAGAACUUCUCCGGUUUUUGGAACAUGUGGAAGGAUAAUUUGACAAAGAGGGAUUAUAAGUUGCUGGAUGAGAUUCUGCCAAACAGAGUGAAGAGUGUGAAGGAAUGGAUGGAGAAAACGGGAUAUACAGGAAAACCAUCUUCCGUUUUGAAAGACUAUCGGGACGGGGUUGGCAGUAGAAACGCUUAA